AUGGAUAACUCCCACUUCGGCACCCCUAGCAAGGAAUGGACGGACUACUCCGAGGCCCACCCGGGCCUCGACAUGGACUCGGACGGCUUCUCCGACUCCGUCGACUUCCCGUCGCCGACAGCCCUCCGCGACGUCGCCAACGCCGUCAAGGCCGCCUCCUCCAAGGCGCUCUUUGCGCGCGACGGCCUCGCCUCCAAGGUGACCGUGACCCACCACAGCAUCCCGACCAGCGACGGCUCCUCCAUCACGAUGCGCGAGUACCGGCCCAUCAUCGCCGCCACUACCCCCGCCGCCGCCGCCGCCGACGAUCCCCUCCCCGUGUACGUCUACUUCCACGGCGGCGGCAUGCUCCUCGGCACCGCCGACGGCGAGGCCUGGAGCUGCGCCACCUGGGCGCACAGCCUGGCCGGGGCGGCGACCCCGGCGGCGGUGCUGCACGUGUGCUACCGGCACACCCCCGAGGCGACGCACCCGCGCCAGCACGACGACGCGUGGGACGCCUUCGAGUGGAUCGUCGCCAACGCGGCGGCGACCGGCGGCGGCGCGCUUCCCGGCGUUGACCCCUCGCGGCUCGUCGUCGGCGGCGUGUCUGCCGGGGCGUCGCUGGCGGCGUCGGUGGUGUUCCGGGAGGCGGCGCUGGCCAGGAGGGAGGGCCGGCCCGGGAGGGUCGCGGCGCAGCUGCUCGUCAUCCCCUGGCUCGUGCACCGGGACGCGUACCCGCUGCACCUGUUUGCUGACCCGGAUAGGGCGUCGUUGCUGCAGUGCGAGGCCAGCCCGACGCUGCCGAAGCCGAGGUAUGACAUGUUCACGGAUCUGUGCCAGGUGCGGGAUCCCCGGGAUCCGCUGAUGAAUGUCGCGCUUGCGGAGGAGGAGGAGCUGCGCGGUACGCCGAGGACGGCCAUCGUCGCUGUGGGUUGGGACAUGUUGAGGGAUGAGGCGUUCAUCUACGCUGGGAAGCUGGAGAGGCUGGGGUGUCCUACCAAGAAACACAUCUUCCCGGGCCUGCCCCAUGCGUUCCGAAAGUACCCCGGUUUGCCGUCGAGUGUGAGGUGGGAUGAGUUGAUAGUCGAGUCCCUCCUGUGGUGUCUUGACGAAGGUGCCGAGGGGUCUACCCCUGGGGAUUGGAAGAUCGAGGUCCCGGAGCAGUAUCGGUAGAAGACAUAGACUGUAUUUACGCGAAUUCAUAAACUUUGGAAGAGCUCCUGUUCAAGCUACCUAAGUAUACGAUUGAGAGGUAGAAUUGCACCGUGGACUAUCUACCGGUCAGGUGUCAAUGACAACAACCUAGAAUACAAAGAAAAAGAGAGUUGCAAGAAUCCUGAGAGAAAGCUAUUCUACCGAUUAACAAGUUAUCAUUCCCCUAGCAUUAAAAGUCCGAGGUCGCUAAAC